GGCGUUCCUGACGGCACGGGUGUCCUCCUAUCGGUCUUUGGAGCUACGUACUCAGGUGCUAUGACGGAUGGCAAGAAGCACGGGGCGGGUGUGGAGCUGCAGACCAAUGGGACGACGUACUCGGGCGAAUUCUGUGACGGCGUCGCGAGUGGGUAUGGCAUUUACGUUGGCACGCUCGGAGACAAGUACAUUGGGCACUGGCACGAUGGCGCUCGGCAUGGGGCGGGUCUGUGCGUGGAUGCUGAGGCUGUCAUGACGACCGCGCACUUCAACAUGGACGAACCCGAGCUGCCGACCAGCGAGGACAGCAGCAACAACUCCAUUCUGUCCUGGGAAGAAGACGUGCAGCCUCACGUCCUCCGCGCUGUCCUCGCCGAGAGAGCAGCGAUUUGCAACCAAGAAGUCGCACGACAGCGCCACAUCGACGCCGUGCUCCAGGAAAUGACCGUCGUCGGAUCGGAGACGCUCGACACUGUCGAGGCCAUCGAAGCGUUUGAGGCCCAGCAGGAGCUGGAGACGGCGGAGUUCAUCCAGCAUCAAAGCGAGCAGACGCGCGCAGUGAAUGCCGUCGCUGGGGAGCUCAAGUUCGCGGAGGCGCAGCUGACCCAGCGCCAAAAGGAGCUGCGAGCCGAGAUCACGGCCAAGCGGCAGGAAUUGUCCUUCGUGGCCAAGUAUUGCGAGCUGGCCGAGACACGCGAAGCUCAAGUCUGCGAGGCCCAGCGUACACUGGCCACAUUGCAGCGGCAACUGGAUGUGCCAGUCCCCGUUGACGCCGCAGCGGAGACCGAGCGCCACGUAUGUGCCGAGUCCCGCGAGGAGUUUUAG